AUAUCCUAGCAACACCGUACAAAGUCAAAGACUUUGACAAUUUGAAACGUUUUUGAAAUCAGAAAUGUAAAAUUCCAUUUCCCAAAAAGUAAAUCCAAAUUUCUGUACUCAAACUCUUCAAGAUGGUAAUGGGUCAAUUUGUCACGACUUACCGCAAAGACUAUUUGUGGCCAUACGUUCGGAUAUUAGGAAACAAACCUGCACCUGAUCGUCUUUAUGAACCACAAGUUCGUGAUCCAAACCAACCUUUGUGCCCAUGCCACUGCCUUGCUUCGCCCGCUGACCGGAACCCAUCUGGUCCGAAUGCACUAAAUGAGCAGUCAUGGAGUCGACAGGGCCCUAUGGGACCUUUACUGGAUCCAAAAUUGUAUCCUGCGAGAGUAGGGAGGAGUCCGGAGGUCGACACGCAAAGAUUCAAUCAGCCAAAUGUAUUUUUAAAGAAACUGCAAGAAAAGUAUCCUUACAUAUACGAAGUGCUGCGGACAGCGCCUCCGGACGACCUCAUAUCGAGAAUAAAUAAGGAUAGAUUAAGAACAACCUACCAAGUUGAUUUCUGUAAAAUGCAGGAGUAUCCAUCGGCGCCGUACGACCAGUUGUUACGCUCCGCUGGAAUGGAAGGUUUGGCGCCCUGUCCAGAACCGAUCAAGCUACCCGGAGAUCCAUGUCGACCCAGCCAGAAACCGAUCGCUUUCAGACCCGCGACAAUAUCCAAGAUCAAAGGCGGCGCCGAAGGGGGCGGCGAAGGAAAACCUUGCGGUACUGACAUUUCCGCAUGGAAUCCGUUUGAUAAGGAUCAAGACAAGUACAAUCCCAAUAUUCGCACAUGGGGACAAAUGGUGUUUAGGGAUACAUUACAUUCGCACAGCACAAGCGCAUCGGCAAGAAAAAGUCUUCAGUGAAAGUCUUGUACCUCUCGUGACAAUAAAGUGUAACCAUCUUGA